GGGCGUCACUUUUGUUUACAUUCAAUUGAACAUGAAAAACAUCACUCGUAGUUUGUAAUUAUUGUACAAAACAAGUUGAAAAAUUGUAAAAAAAAUUUAUUUUAAGUUAGUUUAAGAAUACACUAAUCGACCAACUAGUAAAAAUGAAUAAAGAAUUUGCAAACAUUGAUGGCUCUGCCAAGAAAACUCAAAAGGAAUCUUUGACUCCUUAUAAAGUAGCUGUCCUCAUGUUCAUCAAGUUGUACUGUAAUGAAACAAACAAAACUGUCAUUGAGAGAAGAGAUUUUUGUGUGGCGUCCCUUAAAUUAAUACAGUCUCCGGAUUUGAAUAAAAAAUCUUUGUUCAAAAUUAUUGACUCUUCAGACUUUAUAUUACAACGCUUGAGCCAUCAGCUAUCUAUAGAUUUGGAGUUCAUUUGUACAGAAGGUGUUAAAGAGCUACUAGACCUAUUUGACAGUUUGGGGGUGCUUAUGAAAUCUGUUACAGAGGAUUCUGAAAAGCUAAAUAAACAUUCGGUUCUUGGACUCUAUGUAAGACGAGCAAUUAUGUUGUUUGAAAAGUUGAACUUUUACAAAAUAGUAUCACUUUUUGAAGAUUUACAAGCAUAUGUAGAUGAAAACAGUGAUUACACCAUUUCUAUGGAUAGAUCUGAGAAAGAUCAAACGUUAUUCAACAACGAUAAUGAAUGGGGAGGCAGACAAGCAGAGUUACUUGUGGCUCAACAAGCUCAUGCUUUACUUACUGAUGAACACAAAGCACUUCCACCUGCAGAACUGCAAAGUCUUGUGAAAGAUCUGUUAAGCAGUAGUCCAUACUAUGCUGAAGCACAUUACUUAAGCUAUCUUAAUUGCUUAAGAGUAAACGAAUAUUGUGGCGCAUUGGAAAGUUUGUACCACUGUUUUGAUAGGCUUACACCAGUCGAUAACCGUCCAGUUUCUGAAGACAAACUCAGAACUUUCAGAUAUGCUGCUUUAAACCUUGCUGCUCUCCAUGCUCAAUUUGGCUAUAAAGAAUUAGCUCGAUUAGCUUUAAAAGAAACUAUUAUGUUGGCCCAAGAAGCAGGAGAUAAUAUUUGUUUACAAUUAGCUCACUCAUGGGUGUAUUACUUGAUGGAUAAAAACAAAUCUUCUCUGAUUGCAAGAUCAAUGGCUAAAGCAAAUUCAUUGGGAAUGGCUCAUACUUCUAGUUUAGCUCUUAUAGCAGCUGCUCAUGAUUUAGCAAUGGAAGGACAAGAACCAGUAAAUGUUUUUGAGGCGCUCAUGAGGUCUGAUCAUCUCAACUACGAACAUUCAAUGGUUGAUCUGAUGUCUAUGAUUUAUGCAGAGAAGACUGCCCUAUGGGCAUAUUAUGGUAAAACAGAAAUGUCAUCUAUAUGUGCCCAACUUCUUUUACUUUUUAAUUCUGGAGAAAAGAAACAAUUAAUGUUCAAUGGACCAUCAACUUGCCAAGCUGUGGUCACUAUAGCUAAUAUUUUGCAUGAAAUGGGUGAAUAUGCACUUGCUAAUGUUGUACUGGGUCAUGCCAAAGAAAGGUUUCCUAAUAAACCCAGCAAUAGAAUAUGGUCUUUAAGCGAACAGCUGCAUGAAUUUGAUAAAUUAAUUAGAAAUGAAAAAUGGUCAGCAGCUGAAGAAAUUGCAAUGCAAAUAUCAAGUCUAGAUAAAACUGAAAGUAAAUUUAGAUUGGCAGAAGUGUACUUUGCAAGGCAUAGUUUUUCUGAAGCUCUCAAACUUGCUUAUGAAUUAGAAGCCAUGGAAGAUACUAUUGCUUUACAUAAAAUCAGAGUCAAAUUACUCAUCAAUCAAAUCAAAUGCGGCUCUGUAGCUGCUGGGAAUCCACAAUCAGCAACAAAUUGUAUAUUAUUACUCAAUAAUGCCUUGGAUAUAGCAAAAAAGAAUCAUUUGUCUUACUACGAGGCAUUGGUCAACAUGCACAUCGUGAAUGUUCAACUAUUGUUACAAAUGCCAUUUCAAGCUUUGAAAAAUGUCAAAGAUUCAUUGAUAAAAGUACUCGCCCACGGUGGCUUGUACGAUCAAGCAAGAGCCCACAUUACUUACGCCAAAUGUUUGAUAGCCAAUGCGACGAGACAAAAGGACGAGGAUGAGAAAGACAUGCUGCACGACGCCAUCAAGUACUUGCUCAAAGCCAAAAAGUUGCUUCAAAAACUAGACGCCAAUAACAAAUUAAAAAUCACCCUGUACCUGCUGAGCGUUUGCUAUCACGAAGUCAAUAUGACCGAAGAACGAAAUAACUGCGCCUUCCAAUUCAAAGUUCUGGAUCAGCAAUUUCCAACGGAAAAAAUUCACGCAUUUUUGUUCUGAAACAAAAUGAUCAUGCGCGACAGUUGUAAAUACGUGUAA